CAAGGCCUGAUGCCUCUGGAGCUUUUUCUUUUAUAGCACCCAUUGACUGCCUCUGCAGAAGUACAGUGAAUUCUGUGGCUUCAUUUGGAACAAAGGGGAUUAGGAAAAAAUCUCUCUCUAAUAAGGCAUUGGAAAGCAAGGGCAGGCAGUCUUUGGUUGUGAAUAUUUUCUGAUUUUUCCAGAAAUCAAGCAGAAGAUUGAGCUGCUGAUGUCAGUUAACUCUGAGAAGUCGUCCUCUUCAGAAAGGCCAGAGCCUCAACAAAAAGUCCCCUCUGCACCACCACCACCACCUCCACCACCACCGCCACCUCCACCUUUGCCAGAGCCGUCACCGCCAGAACCUGAAGAAGAAAUUUUGGGAUCUGAUGAUGAAGAGCAAGAAGAUCCUGCUGAUUAUUGCAAAGGUGGCUAUCAUCCAGUAAAAAUUGGAGAUCUUUUCAAUGGCCGGUAUCACGUUAUCAGAAAAUUAGGAUGGGGACACUUCUCUACAGUCUGGCUAUGCUGGGAUAUGCAGGGAAAAAGAUUUGUUGCAAUGAAAGUUGUAAAAAGUGCUCAGCAUUAUACCGAGACAGCCUUGGAUGAAAUAAAGUUGCUUAAAUGUGUUCGUGAAAGUGACCCUAAUGAUCCAAAUAAAGACAUGGUUGUUCAGUUAAUUGAUGACUUCAAAAUUUCCGGCAUGAAUGGCAUACAUGUUUGUAUGGUUUUUGAAGUGCUUGGGCAUCAUCUUUUAAAAUGGAUAAUCAAGUCCAACUACCAGGGCCUUCCUAUCCACUGUGUAAAAAGUAUAAUCAGACAGGUGUUGCAAGGUUUAGAUUAUCUCCACAGCAAGUGCAAGAUCAUCCAUACGGACAUCAAACCAGAAAACAUUUUGAUGUGUGUGGAUGACACCUAUGUGCGCCGAAUGGCUGCAGAAGCUACCGAGUGGCAGAAGGCUGGUGCUCCUCCUCCUUCUGGCUCAGCAGUGAGUACUGCCCCGCAACAAAAGCCUAUUGGAAAGAUAUCAAAGAACAAAAAGAAGAAACUGAAAAAAAAGCAAAAGAGGCAGGCUGAGCUACUAGAAAAGCGUUUGCAAGAAAUAGAGGAAUUGGAACGAGAAGCAGAAAGAAAAAAAAUAGAAGAAAAUGUAACCUCUACUGUUCCAUCCAAUGAUCAAGAAGAUGAAUACCAUCCAGAAGUCAAGCUAAAAACAGUUGAAUUAGAGGAAGUGGCAGAUGAAGAACCAGGGAAUGAGGAUGGUGAAACGGAAGAUCAGGAUGAAAAGGAAGACACAGAAAAAGAAAAUGCAGAAAAAGAUGAUGAUGUUGAACAGGAACUUCUCAACUUGGAAGCUACGGAUACUGCUUGGAUAGAGUCCCCGAAAACAAACGGCCACAUUAUAAACGGUCCUUUCUUACUACAAGAACAACUUGAAGAUGAAGAUGAGGAAGAGGAAGAAUGCCCAAAUGCUGAGCAAUAUAAUCUUGAUGAGCCAAAUGCAAAAAGUGAUUACAGUUACAGUAGCUCCUACGAACAAUUUAAUGGUGACUUGCCAAAUGGACGUCAUAAAAUCCCCGAGUCCCAGUUUUCUGAAUUCUCAGCUUCAAUGUUCUCUGGAGCCUUAGAUUCUGUAGCUUGUGGUUCGGUAGUUUCUGAAGAGUCAACUGGAACUGGAAGAGAGGAAAGUACUCCAUCCCAUGAUAGGAGCAGGACAGUUUCAGCAUCUAGUACCGGAGAUUUGCCAAAAACAAAGACCCGUGCUGCCGACUUACUGGUGAAUCCACUAGAUCCAAGGAAUGCAGAUAAAAUUAGAGUUAAAAUUGCUGACCUCGGGAAUGCUUGCUGGGUGCAUAAACACUUCACAGAAGACAUCCAGACACGGCAGUAUAGAUCCAUAGAGGUUUUAAUAGGAGCUGGUUACAGUACACCUGCUGAUAUCUGGAGCACAGCCUGCAUGGCAUUUGAACUCGCGACUGGUGAUUAUCUCUUUGAACCACAUUCUGGAGAAGACUAUUCCAGAGAUGAGGACCACAUAGCACACAUCAUAGAGCUGCUAGGCAAUAUCCCAAGGCACUUUGCUCUCUCUGGAAAAUAUUCUCGGGAAUUCUUCAAUCGCAGAGAUCACAUAGCAUUGAUCAUUGAACUGCUGGGAAAAAUCCCUCGAAAAUACACUAUGUUGGGGAAAUAUUCCAAGGAGUUUUUCACCAGAAAAGGAGAACUUCGGCACAUCACGAAGCUGAAGCCCUGGAGCCUCUUUGAUGUCCUUGUGGAAAAGUAUGGUUGGCCUCAAGAAGAUGCAGCAGAGUUUACAGAUUUCCUGAUCCCUAUGCUAGAAAUGGUUCCAGAGAAGCGGGCCUCCGCGGGUGAAUGCCUCAGGCACCCUUGGUUGAAUUCUUAGCAGAAUCUCCGACUCUCACCCUGGGCCAGCCCCCGUGUCCCCCACACAUCAGACCCUAAACGGUGACUGUCAUAAGUUCUCUUUAACAGGAUCAUAAAUGAGCUGGCUUCAAUCCCAGACCUUUAUUUUGCUUUGAGGUACUGUUUGACAUUUAGCUUUUUGUGCACUGUGUUUUUGGGAGGGGUGGUCUUUUCGUCUUCAGCUGGUAGUUUUACUGACUCUCUGCAGAAAACACUUACUAAUGUGUCUUUAAGCAUUGUUUCUUGUGUUGUGUGGCAUUCAGACACCCACUUUUUGAACAAAAAAAAUCCUUUAUUCUCCUCUCAUGUAUUUUUGGCAGGUUUUGUAACUAUUUAUGGAAAAUAUUUUAGCUGAGUUAUAUUAUUUACAAGCGUGAGGCAUUACCAAGUCAGAAUUGGA